AGAAUGACUGCUUCACCACCAACGUCUGUAGUGGCUGCCCGUGUCCAGAUAACCUCAAGGGUUGGUGCGAUAUCAGCAGCGGAGAGGGGCCAGACAACUGGUUCAGCCGGUGGGGCCAUUGCGUGGUGCGCAAAUGUCCGGAUGAUGGAGAUAUCACUGGUGGGUUUCAUACGCUCAUGUUUUGAGUGAUGAGUGAUGCUGACGCAGAUAGAUCUCAUGACCAACUACAUGGCGCAGUGUGAGGGUACAGUCGGAGGGCCACUGACGAACGACUCUGUGCCGUAUCCAUUGCGCGAUUGGAUGCCGAAGAACACAUUGAAGACUACGGCUAUGCCUUCUAGCUCGACGGCUCUCACAAGUCAAUCAGUUACGACUCUGACUGGCAUAGCCUCAGCCGGAACUGCAAUGCCAAGAUCCACACCUCUCUCUUCAGACACGACAGCCACUAGAAGCGACAGCAUAGCAACAGUCCUGGAUGACGAGGCUUCAUCGCCCUCGUACGCAACCAGCACCGCUAUCUCAGCACCUAUAACUCAGAACGACUCCAAGCCAACUUUGAACGUCGCAGCAAUCAUCGGAGUCGCGGUCGGCGGUAUAGUACUCCUCGGUCUCAUCGUCUGUCUGACUGCCUUCCUCUUGCGCCGUCGCAAGCGCAAAGAGCCCUCAAGAUCAAUGUCGCCGCCGAGCUAUGAGGCUGCCGAUAGCAAGGAGGGGUAUGAGAAACCGGAGCUUGACGGGCAGGCGGUGAGAUAUCAGUACUCGGAGGUUGGCGCGGGCGCAUCUAUGGGUGCGCCUGUGGUCUACGCUGAACUGGAUGGAGGAAGUCCUGUGAGUCCUGUCGGGGGGCUUGCUGGCCGAUCUUGAAAGGCAAGCACGGGGCGAAAGUUUGGGGGAUUUUUUUUCUUUCAAACACGACCUGGUGGAGAGCUUCGCUGGAUCUAGAAGAGGUGCAUGGCUUGGCGACGGGCGUAAUGCCAUGUGUACAGUAUCCAUGUGACAUCGAUUCGCCUCGGUCGCCUCAUGUUCAGGCUCUGGGAUUUUGGGGUACCUUCACUUACGUCCGUUAUCUCAAUCGCCGUUUGUCAAGUGAGAGGGUUUCGUGCUCCGCACGGACGGGGUGCAAACACAAUGAUUCUUGCGGUCAAAAGACUUUUCGUUUGGACGCCUUUCGAUGUGACCACACCCGUCAUGCUGUUCGCAGUCUUCUUGGUCGCUG